AUGUCUCGUUUCUCGGUUGAAAGAGCCGGGAAACUACUUCUUGAAAGUCAUUCAGCAAUCUCUGAAUUGGUGACUCGUGGACCCAGGUUUCUUGAUGAGCCGCCCGAUGCUGUAGAAUUCACUAACACUUCUGGUGCGGUAGUACCCUGCCGCGCUGAUGGUCAGCCUGCACCUAGUAUCCAUUGGAUGAUCGGGAACCAAAACGUGGCUAAACACGGGAGACUACAAGAAAUCAGUUCAGAUGGAUCAUUAGUGAUUAAGCCAUUUCAACCCAGUGAUUAUCGGCCAGAUGUCCACUUCACUCAGUACAAGUGCAUAGUCAGUAACGAGUUUGGAAUCAUUCGGAGUAAGGAUGUCAGAGUAAGAGCAGUUAUCGUCAGACACUUUGAAGUUCAAGUGUAUAAUGAAUAUGUAAUCCGGGGAAACUCUGCAGUUCUCAAAUGCCACGUGCCUCCGCACGUGCAAGAUUUAGUGGAGGUGACAUCAUGGAUUCAAGAUGGAAAUAUACAUAUCACAUCCUCGGCUUUACGAGGUGGAAAAUACACCGUUCUAGCAGCUGGACGCUUGUUGGUGCGUGACGUCACAGACGAAGACGAAAGGAAAACUUUUCGUUGCCAAGUUUUCAAUCGUCUAACGUCAGAAUCUAAAAUAAGUAACAAAAACGGGAGAAUAAUUAUAACAGAUGUCCACAGUGUCAUUUCUCCAAGACUGAUAUAUUCUGUACCUGUAAUCAGGGGACAACAAGGCGAUACUUUGUCUCUCCCCUGCGUGGCACAAGGAAAUCCCGUUCCCCACUACGUGUGGUACAGGCUACACGAAAGAGAGAGAAUCCCCCUGUUUCUUGGACACAGAGUUUAUCACUACUCAGAGCUACUCACCCUGGAGUUCAUCUCUUUGGAAGAUAACGGUACUUACAUUUGUGUAGCAAACAACAGUGCUGGAGAGGUUGAGACUCAGACCGAUGUGAUUGUAACUGUGCCUUUUAAGGUUGACCUGAAACCACGUGUUCUCACAGCAGACUUUGGAGACCUUGUAACUUUUCGAUGUAGCAUAACACCUUCAAGACACCCAGCAAAGACGUUAAUGUGGUUUAAAAAUGGACAACCCCUCUCGGCAAACCCAAGAAUUAACAUAAUAGACAAAGGGAAUUUGAACAUUCAUUCAGUACAACGAGCUGAUAAAGGAAUGUAUCAGUGUAUGGUGACGUCGGGGGAAAUUGCAAGCCAAGACUCAGCAGAGCUUGUUCUCAGAGAACAACAUCCUAUAUUUCAUUCUACCUUCGAGACUAGUGUUGUCCAACCAAGUUCGACCAUUUCAUUGAAAUGUUCUGCUUCCGGUAUUCCACUUCCACAGAUUACGUGGACACGAGAUGGUGCUGUAGUACCGGAAGUCUAUCUCACUAGAAUUGGUGAUUACGUCAGCAAUAAGAACACAGUUAACAGUUACGUCAACAUAAGCGCUAUAAGUGGUUCGGAUGGCGGAGUUUAUACGUGCACUGCAGAAAAUAUAGUUGGUAAAGUUGCUUACUCGGCAAGAUUAGACGUCUAUGGACCACCAUAUAUUCGGCCAAUGGGCAAUCGAACAGUUUUAGCCGGAAGGUCAGCUGAUAUCCAAUGUCCUUUCAGUGGGUUUCCCUUGAAAGAAGUAUUUUGGGAAAAAGGUGAGAAGAAAAUACCGUUCAACCAUCGACAACGAUCUUUCCCUAACGGUACCCUAGUGUUAUUAGACGUUCUACAUCAGGAUGCUGGAUGGUACGCUUGUGGCGCCACAGACGGAGAAGAAAGAAACGCCAAACAGGAGCUAUGGAUAACAGUGGCAACGCCACCUGCAAUCGAACCGUUUAAGGUACCCACUGACCUCUCCGAGGGCGAGAGAGCAUCCCUGAUGUGUGUGGUUUCAGCCGGUGAUCUUCCAAUCUCUAUAAGCUGGAAAAAAGACGGAUUGCCACUGCCCUCUGACCUAGAGGCGUCAGUCAUACUGGCCAAUAACUACACUUCUAUACUCUCCUUCCCAGUUGUUCGACACAAACACAGAGGAAACUACACGUGUGUAGCCUCAAACCCUGUAGCAUUAGAUAAUUUUACGGCACCACUUGAUGUGAAAGUUCCUCCAAAGUGGAAGCUUCGGCCCGUAGAUCAAACUACAGUCCUGGGCCAUAGGGUACUUUUUGACUGCCAAGCUGAAGGAUUUCCCUCUUCUGUUGCCCGCUGGAAAAAAGCUGUCGGAGAAAAGGGCGAGUUUAGAGUGGUCAUCAGUAACGCUAACAUUCAGAUCCUAGAAAACGGUUCAUUAGUAAUCCAAGAAGUUCACCCUAAAGAUGCUGGAUCUUACAUGUGUCAACUGACCAAUGGCGUUGGCCCUGGUCUCAGUACUGUCGUGGAUCUUUCCGUCCACGGUAGGUCAAAGAUUAAAAAAAAUCUUACUUUGUCUAGAUACGUGUUUAUGACAUUACCAGAUUUGCAUGUUUCAUCAUUUGAAAGUAACCCUUAUGUACAACAUGGGCUAAACAGUCAGGUCAGAGACCCCUUAUACUUCAGGUACAUCUUUAAAGAAACGGUAGAGCCGAAUGGAAAGGUGUCUACAGUUAGAAUCACUUCCGUCAGUCGUAGAGAAUCUGGCCUGUUUGUCUGCAGCGUGGAGAAUGCUUUUGGAAGAGGAGAGACGGGUUUCCAAGUAGUGGUUCAAGAGAAACCGGACCCGCCUAAAGACUUCAAAGUCAAAGACAAAAGCAGUCGAUUUGUGUCCAUCGUGUGGGCUCCACCUUUCAAUGGGAACAGCCCGGUAACAAAGUAUCUGCUGGAAGUAAAGUCGACAUCGGAUUUUUGGACCGAGGACAGUAAUAUUAUAGCUAUUGAAGCAUCAAGAACUCAGUACACAAUUCAGGAUUUACAGCCGUUAUCGUCAUACAAAAUACGCAUGCGCGCAAGUAAUACCCUCGGAGCCAGUGACUAUAGUGACGUAAUAAUGGUUACAACUGAUGAAGAGCCACCUGGUGAGAAACCCCGAGAAGUAACGGUUUCAGCUACAGGAUCCCGAUCGAUCCACGUUGUUUGGAAGGUGAGUCGUAAAUGAUCUUCUAUGUACAAC